CCGCCUGUGUUUUUCACUUUACUCCCGUCCUACAGCUGCUGUUGCACAUCACGUCUACGUGCUGAAGUUGUUAUGGAGAAACAAACUGGAGAAAAAAACAGCUUCUUCAGCAUUUUCGGACCCCAGCCUCCCACAACUGCAACUACUUCAGCCCAACCCACUAUCAGCACAGCAGUGGACAUCAAAGAUGCUUUCAGCAUGUUUACAACUUCAAUCAGCUCAACAGACCAAAAAAACCCACUUGCUCUUAAGCUCCCAACAGUAAAACAUCAGACCAAACAAAAACGGAGAGAUGUGGAUUCGACAGAAACCUCCAGCGGCUUUAGAUUUGAAACUGCAGCCCAACCUGAUACUGCCACAGCACUGGGCGCCAGUGAUGCUCUCGGCAAAGUCAGUUCAACAGAGCAAAGGGCGGCACAACCUUUUACUUUCACAGCAGUUCAACGCAUGUUGGACUCUCAGUGGAGAGAUGUGGAGUGGACAGACGAGCAAAAGACGAGCCUGAUAAAGUCUGUCAGCUCCUACAGACCGAGCUGUGAGGUUGUGACUCAGGCCAGGGUUCUCCUCCUGGGCCCGGUCAGCUCUGGAAAGUCCAGCUUCAUCAGUUCAGUCCAGUCAGUGUUUAAUGGAAAUGUCACCAACCGGGCCAUGGUGGGCUCCUCCACAACCAGCUUCACCAAGAAGCUGCAGUCCUUCAACAUCCGUGGUCAGAAGGGAGAAGAUCCUACCAGACUGACGCUGUGCGAUGUCAUGGGUCUGGGGGAUGGAGAGAUGACCGGACUGACCCUCCAUGACAUCCUGUCCGUCAUUAAAGGCCAUGUACCUGAGGGACACAAGUUCAGCCCAGAUCAGCCUGUGAGAUCAGAGACUGUGGGCUAUGUGAAGAGGCCAACCCUUAAAGACAGGAUCCAUUGUGUGGCCUUUGUGGUGGACGCCUCUAAAAUCCUGACCUACUCCAAAGGCCUCAGGACCACCUUCCAGCAGCUCCGAGAGCACAUCAGUGAUCUGGGUGUUCACCAGGUGGCUCUGCUGACCCACGUGGACCAGAUUUGUCCAGAAACAGCCAAAGAUGUCACUCAGGUUUACAAGAGCUGGAUAAUUCAGGAGACGAUGGAUAGAGCUGGAGCUCUGUUGGGUAUGUCCACCUCCUACAUCGUCCCUGUGAAGAACUACUCCUCAGAGCUGGACCUGGACGUGAACACCGAUGUGCUACUUCUUAGUGCUGUCGACCACAUCCUGCAGUAUGCUGAUCUGUAUUACCAGGACAAUACACCACAGUGUACAGGGUCAAUGACAUACAAAGACAUUGACAUCUGAGCUUAUUAUACCUUUCAGUUAAUAUUAAGAAAUUGGUCAUUGGUCAACAUGUUCAUAACGUAUUAAUACGUUUAUUAUAUUAUACGUUUAACAUAUCAUUCAAAUGUGAACACCACAUGUUUCUUGUUUAUAUUGUAGAUUUGUUGUCUUUAAUGGACAAAUGUUUCUAUCCAUCCCUGUUUUAUAUACCGUAUAUAUGUAUAUAUAUUGACAUUAUGAGAUGCUAAUUUCUAUUUCUCAUGUUUUUUUGUUGUUUUUACAAAAUUGUAACAGACAAAAUUGUAUAAUUCAGAAUAAAAACAGGCGUGUGUAAUAUUAUAUUGAUGAAUAUUAUAUUGUAUGAAGGGCACUG